AUGAUGCAGGAAUCUGCGACAGAGACAAUAAGCAACAGUUCAAUGAAUCAAAAUGGAAUGAGCACUCUAAGCAGCCAAUUAGAUGCUGGCAGCAGAGAUGGAAGAUCAAGUGGUGACACCAGCUCUGAAGUAAGCACAGUGGAACUGCUGCAUCUGCAACAACAGCAGGCUCUCCAAGCAGCGAGACAACUUCUCUUACAGCAGCAAACCAGCGGACUAAAAUCUCCAAAGAGCAGUGAUAAGCAGAGACCACUGCAGGUACCCGUGUCGGUGGCCAUGAUGACUCCCCAGGUCAUUACCCCCCAGCAGAUGCAGCAGAUCCUGCAGCAGCAAGUCCUGUCCCCUCAGCAGCUGCAAGCCCUGCUCCAGCAGCAGCAGGCCGUCAUGCUGCAGCAGUCAAAAUGGUUUAUUCAGCAACAACUACAAGAGUUUUACAAGAAACAGCAAGAGCAGUUACAUCUUCAGCUUUUGCAGCAGCAGCAACAGCAGCAGCAGCAGCAACAGCAGCAGCAGCAACAGCAGCAACAACAGCAGCAGCAACAGCAGCAGCAGCAACAGCCGCAGCCGCAGCCGCCGCCGCAGCCGCAUCCUGGAAAGCAGGUGAAAGAGCAGCAGCAGCAGCAGCAGCAGUUGGCAGCCCAGCAGCUUGUCUUCCAGCAGCAGCUUCUUCAGAUGCAACAGCUCCAGCAGCAGCAGCAUCUGCUCAGCCUUCAGCGUCAGGGACUCAUCUCCAUCCCACCUGGCCAGGCGGCGCUUCCUGUGCAAUCGCUGCCUCAAGCUGGCUUGAGUCCUGCGGAGAUUCAGCAGUUAUGGAAAGAAGUGACUGGAGUUCACAGCAUGGAAGACAAUGGCAUCAAACACGGAGGGCUAGACCUCACCACUAACAACUCCUCCUUGACUACCUCCCCCACCACUUCCAAAGCCUCCCCCCCAAUCACCCAUCACUCCAUCGUGAAUGGACAGUCUUCGGUUCUGAACACAAGGCGAGACAGCUCGUCGCACGAGGAGACUGGAGCCUCUCACACUCUCUACGGCCAUGGAGUCUGCAAAUGGCCCGGCUGUGAAAGCAUUUGUGAAGAUUUUGGACAGUUUUUAAAGCACCUUAACAAUGAGCACGCACUGGAUGACCGGAGCACGGCGCAGUGCCGAGUGCAAAUGCAGGUGGUCCAGCAGCUAGAGAUACAGCUUUCUAAGGAACGAGAACGUCUCCAAGCGAUGAUGACCCACUUGCACAUGCGGCCCUCAGAGCCCAAACCGUCUCCCAAACCGCUAAAUCUGGUGUCUAGUGUCACCAUGUCGAAGAACAUGUUGGAGACAUCCCCACAGAGCUUACCUCAAACCCCUACCACACCAACGGCCCCAGUCACCCCGAUUACCCAGGGACCCUCAGUAAUCACCCCUGCCAGUGUGCCCAAUGUGGGAGCCAUUCGAAGGCGACAUUCAGACAAAUACAACAUUCCCAUGUCAUCAGAGAUUGCCCCAAACUACGAAUUUUAUAAAAACGCAGAUGUCAGACCUCCAUUUACGUACGCCACCCUCAUCAGGCAGGCUAUCAUGGAGUCAUCUGACAGGCAGUUAACACUCAACGAAAUUUACAGCUGGUUCACGCGGACCUUUGCUUACUUCCGGCGGAAUGCGGCAACCUGGAAGAAUGCAGUACGUCAUAAUCUCAGCCUGCACAAAUGUUUUGUUCGAGUAGAAAAUGUGAAAGGAGCCGUGUGGACGGUGGAUGAAGUAGAGUACCAGAAGCGAAGGUCACAAAAGAUAACAGGAAGCCCAACCUUAGUAAAAAAUAUACCUACCAGUUUAGGCUAUGGAGCAGCUCUUAACGCCAGUUUGCAGGCUGCGCUGGCCGAGAGCAGCUUACCUCUGCUCAGCAACCCCGGCCUGAUCAACAACGCGUCCAGCGGCCUCCUCCAGGCAGUCCACGAGGAUCUCAACGGCUCCUUGGAUCACAUGGACAGCAACGGGAACAGCAGUCCGGGCUGCUCGCCUCAGCCGCACAUACAUUCAAUCCACGUCAAGGAAGAGCCCGUGAUUGCCGAGGACGAAGACUGCCCCGUGUCCUUAGUGACAACAGCGAAUCACAGUCCGGAGUUAGAAGACGACAGAGAGAUCGAAGAAGAGCCUUUAUCUGAAGAUCUGGAAUGA